GGGGGAGGCUGUGGAUCGACGAGCUGCUUGUGCCAUUAUCAGCUGCCCAAAAAAAAAAAAACACACAAAGAAACCAAACGCAGAAACGUUGGACGACACGCCGUUAACGAUGGGCCCGCCGGGAGACAGAACAGGCCACAUGUCGACUGAAAGAACGGAGGACUUCAGCUGGAUUGUCGAUUUAUCUUGACAUGGCAUGCAGCAGGGCGAGUCGCAGGUUGUGACGACUGAAGAAAAGAAGAGAAAGAAAACGGCAAACACCUCGAAACUUCAGACGUGAAAACUUGGGGGAGAUUUUGUUUAAGCUAACGUGUAUUUCUCCACGCAGCGUUAGCCGUUGAUUCUCCCGUUUUAUUUUGGUCGAUGAAGUUGUUGACAAGACACGACGACUAGCUAAAAAAAAUGCUGAGCUCAAGCAAAACCAGUUAGUCAGUUAACCCCGCAGGUCGCUUGACUUUCACAACACUGGCAGUCGCAUUGAAGCUGGAGAGAAAAUGUAAACGCGUAGAAAGAUGACUGUACGCUAAGCUAGCCAAACCACACAUAGGCCUCGAUUAAGCCAAUCAGUCAGAAGAUAAGAUGUAGCUUCAUCGACGGGUCACUACUAGUUAGUGUUGGAAGUGAAUGCCUAGAUUAGCUUGCUAGCUCACCUUAGCUAGUGUGCUAAAAAUACGCCCACAUCAUGACUCUCAGCAGUGGCAGCACCGCAGGCCGUGAGCUAAAUGAGUGGCAGUAAAAAGUCAAGGAAAUGUCAAGGCAGUAGUCUUCGAUGUUACCCGGUGCCAAUAUCUCCUGGCAUCUCUAUUUACCUGCCAUGUUAGUCUGUAUCUUAAAUCCGCCUGUAACACGCACAUAACUCGACAGAUAAAUACACACAAAAAGAUAGCCAUGGAUGAGGGACUUUGAAAUGACCCAAAUAGUAAAAUAUGUGUCCGCUUGCUAGUCUCUGUAGUCCUCAAUUUCACUAGCAAAAAAAAAAUAUUGUCAGUAUGGGUUUUUACGGUAGCAGCCGUUUCUGUUGAUUUCAGUUACCUACUCAGAAAAGUUGCUCUUUUAUCUCGUUGGAAUCCCUUGUCGAUGGCAGGUUGAGAAAUAGCUAAUUUGGCUUUAAGUCAUGUCUUAAAACAUGGAUUUCUGAACCAGUAAUAUGGAGAUGUAGUCUUAGUUUGUUGACCAUUCCCCUCCUCAACACUGCCCUUUUACAAAAAUUAAAAUGACUUAGUUUUGUUUCUGAUUUGUCGACCUUCUCAGUUGGUAGUUAGUGGGUAUUUUACAGAUCUAGCCUAGAGUUGUUUGAUGCGUUGUUUCUGCAAAGGGUAGCUAGCGCCAUCCUUUAUCCAGCGUAUGAAUACAAAAGUAGAGCGUGAAGCCAAAGUUUUCUGCAAAAGAGAAGGAACUACCAUCAAAAUCUAACCAUGGGGGACCCAACUUCACGAAGAAAUCAUACAAGAAAUCGACUAAGAGCUCAACUUCGGAAGAAAAGGGAAUCUUUGGCUGAUCAGUUUGACUUCAAGAUUUAUAUAGCCUUCGUUUUCAAAGACAAGAAGAAGAAGUCUGCGCUUUUUGAGGUAGCUGAAGUGGUGCCGGUGAUGACCAACAACUAUGAAGAAAACAUCCUACGAGGUGUGCGAGAUUCCAGCUACUCUCUCGAGAGUUCGAUAGAACUCCUGCAAAAAGAUGUUGUGCAACUGCACGCCCCCCGAUACCAGUCAAUGCGAAGGGAUGUGAUAGGCUGCACACAGGAGAUGGACUUCAUCCUUUGGCCACGCAACGACAUUGAGAAGAUUGUGUGUCUGCUGUUCUCCAGAUGGAAGGGGGCCGAUGAUGAACCCUUUCGGCCCGUUCAGGCCAAGUUUGAAUUUCAUCAUGGAGACUACGAGAAGCAGUGCCUGCAUGCUUUGGGUCGUAAAGACAAGGCUGGAAUGGUCAUGAACAACCCAACUCAGUCUGUGUUUCUCUUCAUGGAUAGACAGCACUUACAGACUCCUAAAACCAAGGCCACAGUGUUCAAGCUGUGCAGCCUCUGCCUAUACUUGCCCCAGGACCAGCUGACCUGCUGGGGUGUGGGAGACAUCGAGGAUCACCUCCGCCCAUACAUGCCUGACUAAGGCUUCCUGCUUCACCCAGCCUCAUUUCUCUCCUGUCUAAACCUUCAGAAGCAAAUAGAUGUACCCAUCUCCACCCGUUUAUUUUAAAAGAUUUGAACUUGUGCUUGGAUCUCUCCUUUUUUUGUUACCUACUUGUUCUCCCCUCCCUGACCAGAAGCUGGUUCGAUUCCCACCCUUGUUUUUCCUCACACCCCAAAUGUUCCUCCUCUUCUCUCUGCCAUUUUUUUGGAUUGGUUUCUCCAUUUUUUAUUUUUUUUUCUCCCUUUACUCCCUUUUCAUUCCCUCCUACUCACUCAUCCAUUUUUGUUCAUUUGAACCUGCACGAACAUUGAUUUUGAGUGGUUGGUUGUUCUCUUGGAGCCGCUCUGUCAACAGCACCGGUCAUUGAAGGAACUCUUUAUGUUGCAUCAAAACAGGAACAAACAAUACACAGGUCUUCACGGUGGUUCUCAGAUGGACGUGUUUGAUAUCCUUGUUGUCAUAAGAAAGGAUUGUUAAAGCUUGUUUGUAAUGUCAAUUGGGUUUCUAGAACUACUUGACACAAUCUUUUGACCAAGGACAGGUGUGAAAAGGUGUUAAAACACCCGUAUAAGCAAAGAUGAACAAUAUUUGUCAAAUCAUAUGGUGUAGGUAUUGCUUCUUAAAAACUGCCUUAGUUUUUUUGCUGGACUUUUAAAAAUUGUUUUGGUGUCAUUUGCUUUCCUCUGAAACAUGCUAGGCGGCCUUUGUUAAAAUCUUGAGUGACCUGAAAGGCAUUGUACACAAGUUGGUUAAAUGUUGAAGGUCAUUGUCAAGCCAUUCAUGCACCAUUAAUUUAAGCUACUGAAAUCUGAUGUUUUGUUUUAUUUGGGAUGUGGGUUGGUGACGAACUGAAAUUGUGACAUAGUUAAUGUUUAACUUGCCUAACAAAAGUUGCUGGAAGCUAACAGAUUUCUUUGUUUAAUUUGACCUACUAAAAUGAAUAUAAUUUGCUACAAUGCUCAUUAAAUUUGAUUUUGCAGGCUUGCUUGCUAAAGAAUAUGAGGUUCAUAGUACAUAUAAUUUAGCUCCUUGUUGAUUCAGUGUGUUCAGUUGAAAGGGUAUAAGGCGUGUAACUUCUGGGUUUUUUCUGUUGAUUCUCAAAUCAAUACUGCUGAGCAUAUCCCAAUACAAUGCAAAUUCUGAAAGCA